AGUAAAGAAAUAUACGAUUAAUUAAUAAGAAUGAUUUAAAUAAAAUAAAUAAUAAAUCGUUUUUUCUAAUCUAAAAAAUGGUGGUGUGUACUUCCGAUAUGAACGGUGUACAAACUUUACAAUCCGAUAUAAUAUUCGUUGUGGAAAGUACAGCGAUUAAUGGGGCUUAUAUUAACGAUUUAAAAACUAAUUACAUCCUACCAUGUAUUGAGUAUUUUAGCCAAGGUAAUAACGAUGAGGGAAGUUACAUUUCUGAUAAUGCUAAUUCAUUAUAUGGGAUAGUAACUUACCAAACAGCUGAUUGUUUACCCCAACCAAUGACGGAUACAAUUGGUCCAUUUAAUAAUGCAACAAAGUUUAUAAAUGCAUUUGAUCGUUUGGAGUUAAUAGGUGGUAAAGGUGAAUCUCAUGCUCAUAUCUCAGAAGGUUUAGCAACAGCCUUACAAUGUUUCGAUGAAUUAAAACAAAAAAGAGAUCCUAAUGCGAACGUUCAAAGACACUGUCUUUUAAUUUGUAAUUCACCUCCUUAUUUAAUGCCUGCAAUGGAAUCUCAAUCUUAUGGCGGAAAAACUGCGGAACAAUUAGCGUUGAUUCUUGAUGAAAAAAAUAUUAAUUUAUCUAUAAUAUCACCAAGAAAAAUUCCAGUUUUAUAUAAGCUCUUUGAAAAAGCAGGGGGCGACUUAACAGUUUCUCAAUCGAAAAAUUACACGAAAGAUCCUAGACAUUUAGUUUUAUUAAAAGGAUUUAGUCUUAAAGAAAGGCCAUUAACCCCACCACAAGUUCCAGUAAAUCCCAAUCAAAAUCCUUUGGGAGCUACAAAUGUUGCUAUGACUUCUUUACCAAGUCCUCGUAUUGAUACAGAUAGCCCAAUUUCUGUGGCUAGUUCACAACCAAGUCAAACUAUGAUGGGGCCUGGUCCAGGUGUUCAAAAUAUUGGGCAAGGACAACCAUAUAGAACGCAACAAAAUAAUUCGGAUGUUCUAUUUUCCGGCAUGAGUCACAACCCAUCAAUGGUUGGGAUGGUUGGGCAGCAAAGAUUUCCAAAUCCCCAGUUUGCAAAUACCCAACUUCCGGCUCCUCCAAGUUAUCAUCAAGCUGGACAAGCUAUGGGACAAAGACAACCUUCUAAUAGAUGGGUUAUGCCCCCACGCCAACCCUUUAUGCCAAACACUCAACCAAAUACAAAUCAAGUUCAAGGAAGCGCCCUUAUCGCUCAAUUAACUCAACCACCAUCUUCAAUGCCUGGAGGAUCUGUUAACCAAUUUCAACUUGGUGGUAACUCCCCAAUGCAACAACAACAACAACAACAAGCUCAACAACAAGCCCAACAGCAACAAUUACAACAACAACAGCAAGCUCAACAGCAGCAGGUUCAGCAGCAACAGGCGCAACAACAACAACAACCAGUUAGGAUUAAUCAAAAUAUGGUGAAUCAAUCGCAGGGACAAAUGCAACAAAGUCCCGCUCAAAGCGUGGCUGGAAAUGCUCCUGUUGGUGCUUCACCCGCUCAAGUUGCUCAAAGCGGACAACAAAGUCAACAGUUAAGUAAUGGUCGCCAAAGGCAAACGAUUUGGCAUGGUGUUCUUGAGUGGAUUGAGAAGUUAAAGACGCCCAAUUUGAACGAUCCCAAACAAACUAAGCAAGUUCCCUGUCAGGUUACUUCGAAUUCUAAAGAUGGAGAACCGGAAUUGAAAGCGGAUGGUUGGCCCACAAAAUUGAUGAUGCAAUUGAUGCCAAAACAACUUAUAGGAACGAUUGGAGGGGCUUAUUUAAAAAAUUCAAAAUCAGUUUUGUUCCAUCCUCAGCAAUGUGAUGCUUUAGAAUCAUUAACAAAAGUUAUGAAUUCAGGAUUUGCCGGUUGCGUUCAUUUUACGAGUUCAUCAAACAGCUUAAACACAUGCGACAUAAAAGUUUUAAUUUUAUUAUACACAGCUGAAAAGCAGGCGUAUUUAGGUUUUAUUCCCAACGACCAAGCCGCUUUCGUUGAUCGUUUAAGAAAAGUGAUUCAACAACAAAAAUCGAUGCAAUCCAACCCCAGGCAAAAUCCUGGUCCUAAUAUGUCGCCCCAAGUUGGUGGAAACAUUCCAAUUAGCGGAGCUCCUACUCAACUUCAACCAGGAAAUAGUCCAGUUACUUCUCAAUCGACCCAACAAGGUUUAAUGAUAUCCCAAACUAACACAAUGACGAUGGGUGGUGGGCAAAUCACGCAAAAUGUCGUUCCGCAAACGGGUCAAGGCGCUCCAGGAAUGAAUGUACUUCAAGCUAACGUAGUUUCUGGAGCGCCGGGAAUGCCACCAAGAAUUCGCAUGCAAAAUAUGCAACAAGUUGCCGGACAAAUGCAACAAACCACGCAACAAAACCAACAAUCAAUGGGUGGUCCAAUGAUGUCGGGGCCCGUCCAAAGAGCUCCAUUCGAAAAUCAAAUUCAAAUGGAUCGGCAACAAAAUCUAGAAAAGAUUAAUCAGCUAAAACAGACUUUAGAGGCCGCUCAACAGCAAGAACAACAGUACAAAAAUCAAUUGGAAAGAAUUAGCCAUAUGAAGACAUCACAAUUACAAGAAGCUUUACAAAUAGCUCAACAACAAGAAAUGCAGUAUAAAAUGAUGGAUCAACAACGUUUGGCUAAUCAAAAUAACGCCCAAGCUAAUAGUAUUAAUAAUCAACGAAUGGUUCGUCCUGUUAUGGGAAAUAAUCAAUUAAGACAUUUGUUACAAGCGCAACCAUAUCGUCAAGUUAUGGGAAUGCAACAAAUGGGAAGUGGGCCAAGACCAAAUAUGGGCCAACAAAUGCAAGGACAAGGCGGUAAUCAACAAGUUCAAUUUGAUGAAGGUUUCGAUAUGAUGUUUAAUUAAUUAAAAUUUAAUGUAUUAAUAAUCAUUUAAUUAAGUUUUUAUUUCUUAAA